ACGCCGACGCAGCGCAGUUGCGAAGGGAGGGUUGGAGACUAGGGGUAGCGACGAGAGCGAUGGGGAAGAAAGGGAAGGAGGCGGCGCGGGAGCGGCGCGAGCAGCGCCGCCGCGAGGUCACCCUCCUCCGCGACCUCCCCUACGAGCCCCACCAGAGGUGGUGGGAUCGCCUGGAGCCGCGGGCCGUGGCGGUGGUCACGGGCGCCAACCGCGGGAUAGGGUUCGAGGCCGCCCGCCAGCUCGCGCUCCACGGCCUCCACGUCGUGCUCACCUCCCGCGACGCCGCCAGGGGCCAGGACGCGGCCGAGAGGAUUCGGGGGGAGGCUCCCGACGGCGCGGGCGUGAGCGUGGAGUGGCGGCAGCUCGACGUGGCGGACGCCGCGUCUGUGGAGGCCUUCGCAACCUGGGCGCUGGAAACCCACGGCGGCAUCCAUGUCCUUGUUAACAAUGCAGGUGUAAACUUCAACAAAGGACCAGACAAUUCUGUCGAGUUUGCUGAGCAAGUCAUCGAGACAAAUUAUUAUGGCACGAAACGCAUGAUUGAUGCCAUGAUACCAUUAAUGAUACCCUCUCCUUAUGGGGCUCGGAUUGUUAAUGUCAGCUCAAGGCUUGGAAGAGUCAAUGGCAGACGAAAUAGAAUUGGUGAAACCAGCCUAAGAGAUCAGCUAUUGAAUGAUGACUGUUUAUCAGAACAGUUAAUUGAUGAGAUGAUCAAGAAAUUUCUGGAGCAAGUAAGGCAAGGUACUUUGUCCUCCAAUCAGUGGCCUCAGAUGUACACGGACUAUUCAGUCUCGAAGCUUGCUGUUAAUGCUUAUACACGACUCAUGUCAAGGAGGUUGUCGGAUCGACCUGAAGGCCAAAAGGUCUACAUUAACUGUUUCUGCCCAGGCUGGGUAAAAACUGCCAUGACUGAUUGGGAAGGGAAUAUUUCUGCUGAAGAAGGUGCUGAUACAGGAGUAUGGCUGGCCUUGUUACCCUUUGAACUAGGUACAAAUGGGAAGUUCUUUGCUGAGAGACGCGAGAUAAGCUUCUAAGGCGACUCCUGAAGACUGACACGUUUAAGAGCAAUCAUAUGGCAAGCAGAUAGUCAAGAUCAUUGAUGGGUACCACUAUGUCACAUUGAUGGAAAGCCAUGGCCUCAAAUUUGAUAAUUAAAGUGAUCUAGUAAAUGUUUCUUUGUCAUUAAUGAAGUGUGAUAAAAGCGGAAUGUUCAUUAGGACCACCAGAAUGGCAAUGAGGAAGUAUGACCAGCUGGCUGCUUCCUACUCGUGCUACAAGCCUACAAGAAUGACCUGUAUUGAAGUGCUACAAGCCUACAAGAAUGACCUGUAUUGAAGUGCUACAAGCCUACAAGAAUGACCUGUAUUGAAGUGCACGUCACCUCAAGGAUUGCAUUUGGUUUUGGCUACUUCACUAGCGAGUUUCCCUUCUUCUGUAGUACAUGUUUGGUUGGUUUUACCAUUGCACUAUCGCUCCGGCCAAGAUGAAUCUACAAAUCCUGAAUUACUGUACCAUCUUUCAGACUGAAUAUGUGGACCUUCUAGGUGGGAGGCAGAUUGGCUGUAUGCUCGCUGAAGAUGCCUGCCGUUCUCAAAUCAGCGGCGAUCAAUCAAGCUUAUCCCUUGCAGAUAAAGAAGCACAGAGCCAUGCACAUAUCCAUCGUGCUUCCAAUCAUCUGAGCCUGCAAAAUCCAGAACAAGGCCAUGCCGGGCAGGAAAACAAGACAACUUGCUGCUGCAUAGCUGGUCUUCAGAGGGUCAUCCUCAUCGUCCUGUGGGCGCCAUCGGUUUGUGGGGGUAGAAACUAGUAGUAGGCAGAGGCGUCAACGAUACCAAUUUAAUUCGGCAUCAGCCAGCCACUGCCUGCACAUGUGGUGCUCGGGUUUCUGGGACACCUCUGCCUCUACCUGCCUGCCUGGACCUUGCGAUUUGCAUCCUCCAAUGGAGGUGUAGGGCGUGUAGCUGACCUCCAACUUAUUCACUCAUGCAAGCACAUAAAUAAAAUUUAGUCUGGAUCAUUGGAUGUUCACUCAUGUAAGCAUAUAUAAAUGAUUUUUAGUCUGGAUCA